UACAUUUGGCAGCUGCAAGACUGCUCGUGAACACAUUGCUAGAGCGACUCCACGUCCCCCUCUGUCCAAGCCAUCACAGCCAUGACAACCCACGAAGAAGGCCGUGAGUACGACAUCGUCUUCGCGGGCGGAGGCACGGCCGCGUGCAUUGCCGCCGGUCGCCUCGCCAAAGCCGACCCCAAUCUGUCCAUUUUGCUCGUCGAAUGCGGCAGAAACAACUACAAUGAUCCGACCGUCGUAAACCCAGCCAUUUACCUGUCGCAUUUGGCGCCCGGCUCUCAAACUGCCCACUUCUACCAGGCAAACAAGGAAAAGGCCCUCAAUGACCGAGCUCCCGUCGUGCCCUCGGGUGGCAUACUAGGUGGAGGCUCUUCCAUCAAUUUUAUGAUGUAUACACGAGCCCAGGGCGUCGACUUCGACUCUUGGAACACGGAGGGCUGGGAUGCGCAAAGCCUCAUUCCCCUUGCCAGAAAGCUCGAAACGUACCAUCUCGACAAUCCGGCCGUUGACAAGAGCGUCCACGGCUACGACGGCCCCAUCAAUGUCUCGUUUGGCACACAUGGCCCCAAGGGCCCUCAGGACGAUAUGCUCGCCGCUGGGGAGGCGUUAGGUAUCGGAGAGGUCAUUGACCAGCAAGACUUCAAAGAGGCCCACGGAUUUUCGCGAUGGUUGAGAUACAUUGGGCCAGACGGGAAGCGGCAGGACACGGCCCACCGGUAUAUCCAUCCUCUGUUGCAAUCGGGACAGUACCCCAACCUUCACCUGCUCCUAGAGAGCAAAGUCUCGCGAGUUAUCUUUGACGGAACUCGCGCGACGGGGGUGGAGUACCAGCCGACCGCGUCUUCUCAGCCCAAUACAUCCCUCAGCAAGCCCGUCAGCUCCGUCGUCAAGGCUAAGAAGCUCGUUGUCGUCUCCGCGGGUGCGCUUGGCACGCCGUCGAUUUUGGAGCGGUCCGGCAUCGGCGGCGCGGAGCUCCUGAAGAAGCUCGACAUCCCUCUCGUCUCUGAUGUCCCUGGCGUCGGAGAGGAAUACCAGGAUCACAAUCUACUGCUGUACCCUUACAAGACAUCUCUGAAGGCGGACGAGACGCUCGACGGCAUUCUUAGCGGCAGAUUAGAUUUUGCCACAGCGGUUAGCGAGAAGAACCCGAUUCUCGGCUGGAACGGAAUCGACGUUGCCGGCAAACUGCGCCCAACAGAAGAAGAGGUCGCGCAGCUCAGCCCCGCGUUCCAAGAGCUGUGGGACCGCGACUUCAAGGAACAAACUGACCGACCACUGAUGCUCAUAGGCGUCGUGACGGCCUUCUUGGGUGACCACAAGACCCUGAACGAAGGCGAGGACGGGGUGUCGCAGUACGCCACCAUGGGGACUUACACGGCGUACCCGUACUCUCGCGGCAACAUCCACAUCGUCUCCAAGGACGCACAGGCGCCGCCAUCGUUCAACACGGGGUAUCUCUCCCACCCCGCUGACCUCACGAAGCUGGUGUGGGCGUACAAGAAGCAGCGCGAGAUUUACCGCCGCACCAACGCGUUCGCGGGCGAGCUGGCGAUGGGGCACCCCAAGUUCCGCGAGGACAGCAAAGCGGCCUUGACCGACGGGCCGCUCGUCCAGGGCGGCUUCAAGAGCGUGGAAGAGCGCAAGGCGAUACCGGCACUCGAGUACGACGCCGAGGACGAUGCGGCGAUUGAAGACUUCAUCCGGGACAAUUUGAACACGACGUGGCACUCGCUCGGCACAUGCAAGAUGGCGCCCAAGGAAAAGGGCGGCGUCGUCGACAAGUCGCUCAAUGUGUACGGCACGCAAGGGCUCAAGCUUGCCGAUUUGUCUAUUGUGCCCGAGAAUGUCGGCGCAAACACGAACAACACGGCGCUCAUUGUGGGCGAGAAGGCGGCCGUGAUCAUCGGCGAGGAGCUCGGGCUUAGCGUGUAGUCUGG